AUGGCUUUGGCUAAUGGUCUUUUUGUUUUAAAGAUUCGUGAUAAAAUUGAACAAGAACUGAAGGGGCAAGAUACAGGCAAUUUCGAAAAUAGAGAUUUCAGACCUGAUGUUGGUGUAUGGUUUCAACGGCCAACAUUUCCACAAAGACGUAUGCCUAUCAUCUAUACGUGUCCACAUCCUAAUGUUUGGAUUGAA